UUGUGCUUUUCCUACAAAACUCAAUAACGGCCUUCUUGUUGGGGGUGCUUCUAGGGAUUUUUGUCUGAAACAAUGAUGAACUUGCCGGACUCUCUUUUCCCGGAUUUCGAGAAUAGCGAAUGUGCUUUUACUAACGGUGGUGCAACUGCUAAUGGUGUUAGAGCACUUGAUUUGUCUUUGGCUAGUGUUGACGAGUUGCUUCAAUUGCUUGGUGAACCCGAGCACCGUGAAAAGGCCAUCUCGCUUCUUACUCGAAUCAAGAAGCAGGGAUCCAAUAAGGAUUUGGCUCUCCAAAUAUGGCGUUCUCCGAAUACAAUUUUCUUUUUGUUAACGGAAAUAAUAUCAAUUUACAAGUCGUUUACUCCUGAAAAGCUUACAAUGAAAGAAUCAAGUAGAGUUUGUGAUGUGCUUGUUUUGUUUGAGUGUCUAGCAAGUCAUCGUCAAACAAAGAAGGAAUUCCUCAAUGUUCAGAUACACUGUUAUCUUUACCCUUUUUUGAUGACUGAGGAAAGGGGAAGACCAUUCCAAUACCUAAGGUUAAUGAGCUUGGGGGUGAUAGGAGGUCUCUUGAAGGAGAUUGAUGAUCCUAUUGCAAAGGAUUCUGUUCAUCAUUUGCUUCAAUCAGGAUUUUUCCCUAUGUGCCUACGUAGCAUAGAGUUUGGUAACGACCUUUCGCAAUCUACUGCAUCCUGGAUUAUUUCAAGGCUACUAAUACAAAAACAAGGUCUACAAUAUUGCUACGAGCCUACAACUCGAAUGUGUGCAAUAAUGCGGGUUUUCAAAGAUGCUAUUGAAAAGAUGCAUGAUAAACCAUCAGCAACCGUCCUGAAAAAUAUUAUUCAAUGCUAUCUCAUAGUGUCUGAGACAUCAAGGGGUUGUCUCCUUAUUAAAAGCUUCAUUCCAUCAAUAUUGAUGAGUGCUCCAUAUAUUAAUGCCCUUCGUGCACAUCCUGCAAGCAUAAAAAAUUUGCUAGAAAUAUUCCAAAGGCUGGCAAAAGGACAUGAGACAACUACAGACUAGCUGCAGAGUAGUUGGUGAUACUGCAGGUUUAUCAAAUCUUAAGUGCUAAUACUUUUCUUCAGAAAAAUGAUAAUUUUAUAUUCAGAAAACAUCUAGAUGAUUACAUCUUGUUCCCUUCUUUUAUAGUAAGAAGAAAACUUAAAUUUUUUAAAAA